AAACUGAGUUUUCAAGGCCGAGUACAUCUGGCAAGCACAGGAAAAAUGCAAUCAUACUGACAAACAUGUAGCCAUGCUAGUCAGCUGUUUCCAAACAAAGCGAAGAAAAAAACUAACGAAGGAAAACAGUAGUACGGCGUAGUGUUUAUAGUAUAGCCAAUGUCCAUCACCUGGUACAUCAGUUGCAAAUGCCUGGCCAGAGUGGGUACGAAAACAAACUGCCAGUGUUCACUACACCACAACAACAGAUUACUUUUUAUGCAGAUGAUACUUCAACACACAAGCAAAUUUUGACUAUAUUUAAUCCAUAUGACUUUCCUGUUAAGUUCAGAAUAUCAUCCACUGAUUGCAGCAAAUACACAGUUUCAGCUUCUCAGGGUACAAUAAAAUCCAACCACAGUGUGGAUGUCAUACUUCAACAUAAAGCCAUUACACCUGCUAACUUUGGUGCAUCAGACAAAAUUCGUGUCCAGUUAUUUGGAGUUGGUCAAGUUCGUGCUGCAGGGAAGAAAGAUAUUAACAUCACACUUUUAGCCAGUGUGCCAAAAGAAAGAACUACUGAUCCUUCUUCAGAAGCUGAAUGCUUCCAGCAACUGGAAGCAGAUGCUGCUAUUCAUGGUCAUUUGAGGCAAAACCCAUUUAAUCAUAGACGAAAUACAACCAAGAUACAGAUUCUGUUGGUGGUAAUAAUCAUACUCCUAGUAAUUCUGUGGCUGCCGGAUAAUAUUGAACAAUAUCCAUGGUGUCUACUUCCAAAGCUGUCACCUGAGAGCAAGUAUACAGUUGCUGUGGUUUUGGGUAUGUGCAUCAUAACCUUCUUUUACUCAUGACAUCUAUGUUAUCCGUAACAAGUUUGAUUUAAAGUCAGAGUUGAUAUGUACAGGUGCCUCCUAUGGUACAGAUUAUUCAAUGUAAAUUAUAUCCUUAUGGCUACUUUAAAAAUAAAUUUUCUUUUCCUACUGGU